CUCCGGGGAUUAGCGCAGGGUGGGCUCACGCCUUGCGCCGCCAUUUCUCCGCGUCUCUGGAGACCCAUCUUCUCCUCUAGCCGGCUGGGCUUCUCUCUCCGAGGGUCGCGCGCCCCAGUCAGAGUGGUCUCCGUAGCUUCAGGGUGUUCACCCCCGAGUACAGAAAUGCUGAGCUUCCUGCGAAGAACGCUUGGCCGCAGGUCUAUGCGCAAGCAUGCUGAGAAGGAGCGACUCCGAGAGGCGCAGCGUGCUGCCACACACAUUCCUGCGGCUGGAGAUGCCAAGUCCAUCAUCACAUGCAGGGUGUCCCUUCUGGAUGGUACAGAUGUCAGUGUGGACUUGCCGAAAAAAGCCAAAGGACAGGAGCUGUUUGACCAAAUUAUGUAUCACCUGGACUUGAUUGAAAGUGACUAUUUUGGUUUGAGGUUCAUGGAUUCAGCCCAAGUAGCACAUUGGUUGGAUGGUACAAAAAGCAUCAAAAAGCAAGUAAAAAUUGGUUCACCCUAUUGUCUUCAUCUUCGAGUUAAGUUUUAUUCUUCGGAACCAAAUAAUCUUCGUGAGGAGCUAACCCGGUAUUUAUUUGUUCUUCAGCUGAAACAAGAUAUUCUCAGUGGGAAGUUAGAGUGUCCCUUUGAUACAGCAGUUCAGUUGGCAGCUUAUAAUCUGCAAGCUGAACUUGGCGACUAUGACCUUGCUGAACAUAGUCCUGAACUUGUCUCUGAGUUCAGGUUUGUGCCCAUCCAGACUGAAGAAAUGGAACUGGCUAUUUUUGAGAAAUGGAAGGAAUACAGAGGUCAGACACCAGCACAAGCUGAAACCAAUUACCUGAAUAAAGCCAAAUGGCUAGAAAUGUAUGGCGUUGAUAUGCAUGUGGUCAAGGCUAGAGAUGGCAAUGACUAUAGCUUGGGACUAACUCCAACAGGAGUCCUUGUUUUUGAAGGAGAAACAAAAAUUGGCUUGUUUUUCUGGCCCAAGAUAACCAGAUUGGAUUUUAAGAAGAAUAAAUUAACUCUAGUGGUUGUGGAAGAUGAUGAUCAGGGCAAAGAACAAGAGCAUACCUUUGUCUUUCGGUUGGAUCACCCUAAAGCCUGCAAGCACCUAUGGAAGUGUGCUGUGGAGCACCACGCCUUCUUCCGCCUCCGAGGGCCUGUCCAGAAGGGCUCCCAUCGAUCAGGAUUCAUUCGACUCGGAUCGCGAUUUAGAUACAGUGGAAAAACAGAGUAUCAGACCACAAAAACUAAUAAAGCAAGAAGAUCAACCUCCUUUGAAAGAAGGCCCAGCAAGCGGUAUUCCCGGCGAACCCUUCAGAUGAAAGCAAGCACAACAAAACCUGAAGCUCUUGGUGUUCAUAAUGCUUCAGCCCAGAACAGUGACUCCGAACAGGCUUGGGGUGUGAGGUCUCCUGUGCCUGCCACUUCUUCCUCGUCCUCUGGUCCUGUGCUGGUGGAGAUAGAGAGUCUUCCACAGAACUCUGCAGCAGACCAACAUAACAGGAAAUGCUUGCCCCUGAGCAGUGAUUUGCUCAGUAGCCCAGACUUGCUGGAAACAACCAUCGGUGAUGUAACAAGGACAUCAGAGACUUCGGAACCAUUCCCAGCACCAGAUGACAUUAAUGUAGCCACCAGGUCACAGGAAUUAGAGGAGCUCAAAGUUGAAUGUGAGACAUUAAAAGAUGACACAGAGAAGCUUAAACAGCUGGAAACAGAGCAGAGUAUCUUGCCAUCUCUUCGACCUGCCAUUGACAUUAAUGUUCACAGCCAGGAAGAAGUGGUAAAGUUGACUGAGAAAUGUCUUAAUAAUGCCAUCGAGAGCCCAGGAGGGAAUGCAGUAAGGGUUCCUCCUGACUUCAAGAGUAACAUUUUGAAAGCUCAAGUAGAAGCCGUGCAUAAGGCUACAAGAGAAGAUAGUUUAUUAACUCAUAAAAAUGCCACUGUUCAGGAUGCUGCCACAAACAGUACUGUAUUCAGUGAAAAUGAUGUCCCCGUCUGCAAAGAUUCCCUCACCCCGGUGCAUGCCACAGCUGCAGACAGUGACUCUGUACUAAAGGAUGCUACCGAUGAACUGGAUGCCUUACUUCUUUCUCUGACCGAGAAUCUGAUGGAUCACACAGUGACACCUCAGGCGUCUUCAUCAUCCAUGAUCACACCCCGCUGGAUUAUUCCACAGAGUGCCACCAUCUCCACCAUCUCCAAUGGGCUCGCAGGGUAUGGGGCAGCUUUGGCAGGGAGAGACGGAUGUGGUCAGAAAGAUGGAUUCUCACUGAUUUCUGCCCCGGCACCAUUCUUGGUAGAUGCUGUGACCAGCUCUGUCCCUCCCUUGCCUGAAGACUCGGCCUUGAAGCAGAAGUGCUUGCUGACUACUGAGCUCUGAGGGCUGCUGUUCCCCACCUGUAACUGGAAUGCCCCACACCAUCCUGUCAGCUCUGGAUCCAGCUGAGUGUGUCCUUUACUUGGGGAAAACCUUCUACCAGGAUUUGACUUUAACUUCAUGAAGAUAGUAGCUACAUUUUCCGUCCAACUGGAAGUCUACCCCACAGAACUGCUUAACUCAAGAUACCUCCUCCUCCUCUUCCUGUAACUGUAUUUGCACUGCCAGUUCCUGAAGCAGUGAAGGUAACUCGUUUCCUGCAAACUGUUGGCUCCACCUAGCGGUUACAACUGUUUCCACCUUAGAGCAAGGCUUGCUCUUCAGAGCCUUUCGUUGCUCUUUUCCCGGAAGGCCAGGUGAGCACAUCUGACCUGAGUGCCUGCUGGAGAAAGGAGUGGCACUUUCCUGUGCAGUCCCUGGAAGUCAGAAUUGAGGACACAGGUGAAAACACUAUGUAGGCAGAUCCCAGGCCAGCUCUUGCAUAGUGGCUAGGAUUCUUAGAGAAGCUAAGAACAUAGAGGGGUGAGGAUGUCACCCACACUCUGAAUUCUGAGCAGUAAUGACCUUAUUGGCUCUGAGCUUGCAUCAAAGAUAAAUGUUCUCUUCGGGUAACUACAGAGAGGCUAGUCUCUAGGCGUGUCCCUCAGACCCCUUUUCCUGUCGGAAGCAUCUGAAGCACUCGCCUGUCUGUAACUGUGCGGCCUGGGAGGGAGUGGGUGUCUGCUCAGAGACCCGAGGCCUCAACAUGAGGCUAUGCUCUCCUUCUGAGCGAGUGGGAAAUACGGCCCUGCUAGGUUUACCAGAUGGGAAGGUCUGUCAGGACCUGUUUAGGCAUAGCCUCCAAUUCCUUUCAGUGUACACUGAGUGACCUUACAGCUUCCAAGCUGAAAGGAAAAGAAAAGUAUCUGGUGGAAAUGGGGAAUGGCCGUGAGAGGGAUUGGGCUCCUGAAUGAGUGAUGAAGGAAGUCAGUUUACAGUGUGGGUUUCGGAUUCGUGUUAAGUUCUCUGGAAUCCUCCAUCCCCUUAGCCUGUACCAGAAGUGAUGGUGUUAGAGCAGUGCCCGCCCAUCAUAGAACCGUUCUGUAAUCGUAGAUAUGUACCUAUCAUCCCAGCACAGAGAGAUGACACUGAAGUAGCUUUACCUGCUUGGCCUGAAGGGUCAGGCCUCAGUUGCCAUGGAGAUGAGGGUGUUGUGCAGACGUUGGUGGUGCUGAUAGUGUAUCCUUGUUACCAGGCACUGAUGCCAAGUGUGUCCCCGGGGCUGUUUGGCUCUCUGCCCAGCAUGUGAUGCUUGAGUACUCAUUAUUUCUUCUCAGAUAAGAAGACACCCAGCUCUGUGAUCUUUAAGGGGCUGAGAUUUGAACUACCCUGGCUUCCUUGAGGCAUAGUAUGUUCUCAGGCAGACACUAGUGUCUUGAUUGGGAAGCUCGGGUGUUCAGUUCCACAGUGUCCAGGGCAGCUGGACAGUUUAGAAAUCGCUUUUGCUAAACGGUUUGCUGAGGCGUUGCCCUUCUUGCUGGCUGUCUCCCCUUAGCCAGUAGAGUAGCUUGUGCGACCUUAAGCAGUGUUUUUGCCAGUCCUCAGUGAUAAGACAUUUCUUACAGUAUGACUCCUGGGAUCAGGGCUUGACCAGGACACGCUGCACUGGGUAUCAGAUUUCUAGUGUUUAGAAGUCCUGGAUGGCCGACAGGGCUGCUGUUCUGCUAACACACAGCUAAGACACGGUGGCGUAGAGGUCCUAAAUGUCCUGUUUAGGAGCAAGCUCUGUCCCUUCAAGAUUGAGUCGCUGAGAGCAUCUCAUAACAUUUUUGUCUCCAGGUACCAGAAUUCUUUCUUGUCAGAAUAUUUGCUAGGGACUUGGUUAGGAUUCACUUGAAUCUUCAGUAAAAAGAAAUCUUACAUCCUACUGUCAAGUCGUAGCUUAAAAGUUAAUACUUGAGUGAUGAAUUUGCCCUGACAGAUUAGACACUGUCAGAUGUUUCCUGUGCUGUUACAUACGCAGUACUCUGCCCCUUGGAGAGUGUUGGUGUCUAACGGACAGGCCUCAGGCACCUGUGGGAGCAGUAGGGCGGGGCAGGUCCGAGAGGCUAGAGUGAGGCCUGAGGCGUCAGCUGGGUAAGAAGGCAGUGGGCGGUGUGAGGCCGAGUCAGGAAGAUGGGCAGCCGUGGGCCUUGUGGGUUCAUGUCACGAUGGAGAUAGGACCAAAACGCUGCCCUGCUGCGUGCCUAAGGAGGGAGGGAGAGAGGGAUCUGGGCAAGCUUCAUACUGUGUCCCUGGCUGGGGUAGACACUUAGCAUGGCAGUUUCCAGUAAGAUAUCCAGGUUCAGUUAGGACUUCUAGGUUCCACAUCAGCCAUCAGAAGGAAGUGUGCACGUGUGAGGGAGGGCUGGGUGCUGACAGCACACAGACGACUCCCACUUCCCUCAUUCCUGCCCCUCAGGAGGUUGUGAGCAAAGCAACAGCAGACAGGCUCCUUAGCAUUUUACCUUGCUUGGUCUUGUCUUUUCAUUUGGCAAGUAUACUGUUCACGGGUUGCUUUGUGUUGUUUACUUUGUUUUGUUGUUUUGAGACUGGGUCUCACUCUGUAACCCAGGAUGGUCAUAGAUGGUCAUAGCUCCAGCAAUCCUCCUGCCUUAGCUUUCCAGGUGCUAGAUUUUCAGUCUUGAACCACCAAGCCUAACAUAGGCUUGUUCUGACAAGGGUUUUCUUUAGUUGGGUUUGGUUUUGAGUUACUAGGGAGCAGACCCAGGACCUUGGACUGGGAAUGGUGGCACGUGUCUUUAAUCCCAUCACUCUCUCCGAGCUGCAGGCAAAUGAAGGCUAUGUGGUGAGGCCCUUGUCUCACUCUGCCACGAAGCUGUGUCCCCAGACCCAUUAAGUUUGUUCUAUAGAGAGCCAGAGAGAACAGAAACUUCACCAGUCAGUUCUGCUGGUGCUGGGCAGCAGCAGAGGGCAGUACUCCGCACAGCUGUAUUCACGGGAGUGAUUGACAGUGCUGCUUCCCAGCUCUGAGCACACUGGAGUCCUGCUUGGAGCCGCUCAGACGGUCAGCACUUCAGGACAUUGUGUUGAGUUGUCCACAGGGCUGUGAAAGUCUUGGUCCUAUUAUUUAAUCCAUCUCUUGGCCAUCCAGUUGACUGGAAACUUGCAUACAUGUAUGUAAUAAAGAAUGUGGGUUUAUAGAUCAUUGAUACUUUUUUCUAAAAAAAAAAACAAACAAACUUGGGUUUGAAUGGUCAAGUCCUGGAAACAUUCCUGUGUUGCCAGGAUGGGAGCUUGGUUUGCACUGUGGCAACUUGUUCUGCUGUGUGAACUUGUUCUGCUGUGUGAACAGCUGGUGGACCGCUUAUUUUCCUCUUUAUUGCAUUGUUGGGGGUGAUGGCCACUAAUUCUCAGGAUUCCUUAUCAGUGUGUGUGUGUGUGUGAGAGAGAGAGAGAGAGACAGAGAGAGAGAGACAGAGACAGAGAGAGAGUGUGUGUGUGUAUGUGAGAGAGUAUGUGUAUGUGUGUGUGUAUGUGUGUGUGUGCGCGCGCCUGUGUGUGUGUGUACGCGCAUGCACGUCACAUAGAACUCUGUACUCUUUCUGUUUUCACAUCUGGAUACAAUAGAAUGUGACGAGGACUCACCAGCUCUUUUGUGUUUACUUUUUCUACAUGUUAAACUCCGCAGCAGCUUUGGAACUGUAAUUUAUUUUUGUACCACGUGCACUAUAUUCAGUGACUUCCUGUUGUAUGUGGCUUGUAUUAGAAGCACUGCACUGCACUGUGAGUUGUCUGUACACUGAACAAGAACUAUAGAUAUGAUCCAUUCCAAUAAAACCCCCAUGAGAUGAGA